CGGACAUUUGCCUCACAACGUCUCUCAACCUCUGCGUUCUCAUCCGAUCACACGACUCUGACGUUUCGCAGCAAGACUGGCAACAUCCACCGUUCUGCAGCGCAGGCUCGCCGCGCGCAUAGGGGAGAGGAUGUGCCACUUCCACGAGAACGCCGUCUCGUUUCUGUGCAACGUAGUGGCACUACGUCCUAAUUCAAGAGAUCCCAUUCAUCGUACGAAACCUCGAGCUCGGCGUCUUCGCCAGUCGGGGAAGGCCACUUCUCCAGGAUUGGGAGUGAGAGUUUACAAAGAAGAGGUACGUCUUGCGUACGGUCCCGAAGCCAACAGACGCACACCGCCCAGGACGAAGGCUUCCCUGUACGACGUCGCUUCCAUGUCGGCGUUUCAUUCAGGGGAGGGGUCACGGCAUAAAGUUUUGAGGUCAUCCGUGAGGAUACAGAGGACCGUCACAGGACAGCUCAUGGUCGCGGAGAAGAAGCAGAUACCGGAGUCUUAUGAAGACGAAGACUGGGAUCUAGAAGACCUCGGAGAGGCACGCUCGAUGAUCAAUGAAGGCGUCAAACCCAGCAAGUUCUCGCAGUAUCAUCCUAUCCAACCUCUAGGACUCAUCGAAAGCGUUGCGGCGAACAUACUUCCUACUGUAGACGAGGGCCCAGAGCUGGCUCUCGUUGACAUGCCCGAAGUGAGUACACCGCCUCACACGUGUACGAGGCUGAAUGAGGGUCAAUCACUUUGCUUCCAUUAAAACAUUCAGGCCGUACAAGGCUACCCACGCCGUGGUGACCUCAUGCCCAGCUACUCUCCUCGUUUGCUAUCUGCGGGACCACCCUCAAUACAAGUCACUUUGGCCAGUCCAUGGACCCCCCAUUCUCCCAUAUUCCGACGUCAUUCGCCGAUUACAGUCACCAAGUACCUUCAGGCGACCUCACCUCAACUAGCUUAUAUGAUGCGGUCUGGCGCUUCGUCUGGCAGGGUGGCUUCGACUUGCCCCCUACCCUCAGUCCGGUCAUGUGACAUAUGCUGCCUCACGCAGGUCGAAGACGACAUCGUCUGUUGGGCGUGCGAGCGUCAAUGGCUUGCAUGCAAGAUGUGGUACCAGGCCAACGACGAAGGUCUUAUGGAGCCGUUCAUGAGACGCGCGGAGAGUAAUGCCGAUCUUCGAGCAGUUUUGGAGUCCCUGAGCGUUCCGCGGGAGGACGAACGAGCGGGUCGUAUUGGCUUAGGAUCCGACUUGCUUAGUGCAGACACAAUCAAGAAGCGGCCUCCCUUUCGCGUGGUCGACCCCAGUCCUGUCAACUCUGGAAGCGAUCGCGACUGUCCUCCAGCUGGCAAGCGUUUUCUCUUAUUUGGUUCAAGGUCAUGGCGGCACCUGCGUAGCAUUUUCAUGGAAGCGAGAAGAGAGAGCCGCGACGCGGUACGGGCCUGGGUCGCGGCCUCUCUAGGUCCCCUCUCUCCGCUGUGUCGGUCGGACGAACCAAAGCUGCGCCGUCGUUCUGGGGGGCUUUCUGCUGUGAGCACAUCUCCUCUGGCUGUACAUCAUGGUCUUGCGGCAAUAUGGGCGAACUGCGACAGGCCUUGUCUUUCCCAGCUAUCCCCAGCCUACGGCUCACAACUUUUCGGUUCGGCCGACAACGCAUCCGGCUCUCGAUUCAUCGAACAUCUUGUCUAGUCCUCCCAAGGCCUUUGAACCUGCGCAUGACAUGCAUGAAAUUGCCGUAACGGCGGUGCAUCGAUUGUGCUGCGACGUACCGACAGACUGGAGUGCCGCUCCCCUGGUGGGGGCAAACGCGUCUCUGGACACUGUUCUCCAGGUGGAUGUAGGCACGACCAUGUAGUAAACAUACUACGCAUGUAUCGAUUAAAACACUGUUCUAUCCUG